GUAACUGUAAGACCCUCGUUCUGUUUUCCAGUCCCCUCCCUCGAUUGUAUACGUUCGAGCAAAUCCGAUACCUUAAAUUUCUCGCAACCAAAUGGGUUCGCUCGUUCAUGGCGCAAACCUCCUCUCCUCCCUCUCUCCACUCCCGAUCUCCUCCGUUAUCUCUGCAAUGCGCUUUGUUCUCGGGUCCUCCCGAGAAACACGAACCAUCUUUGCAAGGAUCCCUGCCCUAACUUGCUUGCAAGGGCCUUCCGACGGUCGCAACCCCCUUCGUAUUCUGAUGUUCAGAUUCGCUUAAAGUGGUUCUGCAACUACAGGGAUGAACACUCAAAAUAUGUCAGCUAAUAGAAUGGCUGUGAAAUGCACGGAAGGAACACGAAGGGAAUCAACUAGCACAACAAAAGCUGGAGCUUCACUAUUUUCUUCUGACAGUCAUAAAAAGUAUCUUCCUAAUUAUUUAAGAGCGCAUAAAAGCUCCUGUCAUGAUCAUUGCAAGUACGGAAUCAAAUACCUUCCCGAACUUGGUUGUAAAGGUUCCUCUCUCAACAGUUUUGGUAAAGAAGUGAAGCAUAAAGAUACACUUGGAGCCAAUAAUUUGGAUUUACAUGAGGCAAGAAAGAGAGUUGGUAUUAAGAAGACUGCGAUAACUGUGGAUAAGCCAACUGUUAUUAAGCAAAAAGCUUUGCCACAAAUCAAGGAGACUAGAUUGGUGAGAGAACCUAUUAUUUCAAAAAAGAUAAAUGCAACUGGGAGGCAGGCAAUUGCUUGUAUGGCUUCCAAAACUGAAGGCAAUCGUGGUAGAGAAAUGACUAAAGAUGUUGGAAAUAUGAUGCAUGAGAGUAAAAUUAAGGGUGGAUCUCAUGCAAAAGAGCCUGCUUCCGCCUUGAAGAAAGCCCCAACAGGAGGACGCAACGUACUUAAGAACACACCUACAAAGAACAGCGUUAUACCUUAUGAAAGCCACAGAUUUAAGCAAAGCUCUUUGGCAUCAUCCAAGAUUGAUUCUGUUGCUGAGCCUGUGAAGCCUGCAAAAGGUCGAACAAUUAUGAAAACCAAGGGAAGAUCAUUAUUACCGAUGGAGGGUUCAAAUAGUUUAAAAAAUGAAGGAUACAACACAAAAACUACUAGAGGCAUAAUAAGAAAGGUAGAAGAAAGAACUGCAAAGCCACAAGUGCCUUCUCAUUCUUCCAAACACCAUGGCAUUAAUGGAUCAACUUCUAAGCCAAUAGUAAUAGUGAAUCCUGAUGUCGAAGAUGUUGAGGGAAAAAUAGCUUGUGCUAUUGAGCUACAAGCCAAUAGUAACUCAGAUGGCCUUCAACAGAGAUUGCUGUCUUCUAUGAAUCAUGAAUUAGUUUCUGUAACACAGACAUCAUUGAACUUAGAGAAUGACAUUCUAGAUUCUCCACAAGAUGAUUCUCCAAAAUCAGAAUGUAUUGAUUUGUCUUUCCUUGAGCCAAGUUUUCCAGAUGCAGAGUACUUUUAUUUGAAUCGCAUCCAACAAGAAUCUAACAAUGUCACAUCAUCAGAGUAUUCUGCGGUAUAUGACGAAGAAAAUGAGGAAGAAAAUUCUGCAAUUACUGAAUUAAGUGAGUCGGAGCUUGAAACUGAGAAAACAAAAACUGUCAGUGUUACAACUAAUGAAUCAGAUUUUAGAAUUAGUGAAUUAAGUGAAGAGGAGUAUGAAACUGAGACCAUAAGCAGCAGUGGUACCAAAACAUCAAUGUCCAAAGGGAGGAUAGAAGGAGCUAUUGUUCAUCCUGAAGAGAACCUUUCUGCACCUUACAUGUUGAGGUUCAGGAGAAGUAUUACACACAACUCUGAGAUUGGUGAUUGUGAUCAAGUUGGAAGGGAAGGCCUUCUGGAACUGCCAAAUCUUGAAGCAGUUCCGACCGAUCUUGAUCCUGACAUGUCAAAAGUUGCAUUGAGGCAUCAAGUUGUCCAUGAGAGGAAAGGCAUACAAGGUCUUGUCAAUAUUGUGCUUGAGGAAACUGCAAUUAAACUUGCUGAAAACAGAAAGAAUAAGGUACAAGCAUUAGUGGAGGCAUUUGAAACAGCAAUCUCCCUCCAAGGUAAAAAACUAGCAUCUACGACUUAAACCACUAGAUUGUUUGCUUUAUCAUUAAUUGCAUAUGGUAGCUCCCACACUACCAAACAUAUAGCGUAAAAUUGAGUAAGUUUAGUGACUUAUUACUUUAGCCAGAGGUAAUUUUAGGUUGGAAAAGGGAAUGGUGAGUUGCUAGAGGCCAUUGCUGGUUUUUAGUAAUAUAUGCCACAGAAUGUAAAUUUGCUUGAUUAAUCAAUAAUAUUUCUUCUACAUUGCUUUUCCUGGUCUAUGUUUUAAUAAAGCAUUGCAUCAAUUUUACAGUUGAUGAUGUUUAUAAUAUGUGUACUAAUCCACCUGUUAGGCAAUAAUUAGAAAGUAAAUUUUGUAUUACUUGGUGAAACUAUUGUAAAAGUUUAUUGGAUCAUACAG